AUGCUUUCUGCUUCCCCGCAGCUCCCACCGCCCCGCUUCUAUGGCCGUGAACCUCUCUUCUUUGACGCAACAGCAGUCGUCAAGGCGGUGAACAUCUGCGCCGCCAAAAGUGACAUAUUUCUCGCAGCUUCCUUUCACGCAGCCACUCUCAAAUCCGGUCUACUCCACUCCAACCUCUUCGUUGCUAAUUCCAUCCUCGAUGCCUAUGCUAAGUGCGACCAGAUGGGGUUUGCGAGUAUGCUGUUCGAUGAAAUGUCUGAUAAGGACAUUGUAUCCUGGACCUCCUUAAUCUCCGGUCAUUGCCGCAACGGUUCAGCCACUGCUGCUCUAUCAGUUUUUAUUGAUUUGAUUUCUGUUGAUUUAGCAACCCCUCCAAAUGAAUUCACCAUCGCUUCCAUUUCAAAAGCUUGUGUUUUACAGGAGGACGAGAAGAUGGCGAGGGCUGUGCAUGGGUAUUGUUUGAAAAAAAGGUUUUUUGAGAGUGUUUUUGUUAGCAAUUCCUUAAUUUCUAUGUAUUCGAAGUUAGGAUUUUUGCUUAGUGCGGAGAAAUUGCUCUACGGUUUGGGGAAAAGAAAUGUCGUUUCUUGGAGUAGUGUUAUUUCAGGUUAUGUCCUCCAGGGAAUGUUUAGUGAGGCGAUAAAUAUGUUUAUUAUGAUGUUAGAAGAUGGCCUCCUUCCAAAUUUUGUGACUAUGCUGAGCAUCAUUCAGGCUUGCUCUUUGAUGAAUGAGCCAAGAUUCUUUAGUUGGGUUCAUGCAUGGAUUUCAAAAUUGACGCUUGGAAGCAAUGAUUUCGUGAUGAAUUCUCUUGUGGAGAUGUAUUCUAAGAACGGGCUUCUUUGUGAGGGCAUUAGAGUCUUGGUUCAGCUCUGGCCUACAAAAGGAGAUGCUUUUCUUGAUUUGGAUGCCAUGGCAGCCAUCAUUCGUGGCUGCAUGCUUUCAAAAUCUCUGCGAUUUGGAAGAACAUUCCAUGGGUUCUUGGUAAAGAAAGGCUUCUUUCCUUGCACCUUCAUUGAGAAUUCACUGAUAGAUAUGUAUGGAAAGCUGGAGCAGGUUGAUUCAGCUGUUCAGAUGUUCAGAAGAAUGAAAGAGCUGGAUUUAGUAUCUUGGAACAGCAUGAUUUCAUGCUUCCUGAAGAACAACAGUCCUGUCAAGGCCUUGGAGCUUCUCACAGAAUUACAACGAUCUGAUACAAUUGACCUUGCUCCAGAUGACAUCACAAUGCUGAGUUCGAUCCAAGCUUGUGCUGAACUCGCUUCGCUGCAACUUGGAGAAAUGUUUCAUGGAUAUGCAAUAAAAUCAGGCUUUAAUUCUGACGUGCUCUUGUCCAAUGCGCUCAUAAGCAUGUACGCCAAAUGUGGCAGGAUUGAUUUUUCUGUGAUGGUAUUCAAUACCAUGGAUUUGAGUGAUCUCAGCACUUGGAACACAAUGAUUCUAGCUCAUGGUAUCCAUGGCAAUGGUGAGGCAGCCCUAUACACUUUCGAUAAGCUUAAAAAACACAGCUUUCUCAAGCCUAAUGCAAUAACAUUUCAGAAUGUUAUUACAGCAUGCACCCAUUCAGGAUUACUUAGUGAAGGCUAUGACUGCUUCAAUAGCAUGCAAAAGGACUAUGGCAUUGAGCCCGAUAUGGAACAUUAUGCUGCAGUGGUGGAUCUAUUUGCAAGGUCUGGGAAACUCGAUGAGGCAGAGUGUUUCAUUAAUGAGAUGCCCGUUCAACCAGGUUUGGCAAUUUGGGGUUCGUUGUUGGGAGCUUGUGGGAUUCAUGGAGGAGUUGAAAUUGCAGAGCGAGCAGCAGAAGCGCUGUCUGUGUUGGAGCCUGAUGGAAAUGCUUGGAAGGUGACAUUGUCUAAUGUUUAUGCAUUGGCUGGGCGAUGGAAAGAUGCUGUGAGGGUGAGAGCAGAGAUGAAGAGGUAUGGUAAGAAGAAGGAGGCUGGGUUGAGUUCUGUUGAGGUUAGUGCUGUGGAGAGUUGCAGGUUCAUGGUAGGAGACACAAAGCACCCUGAAGCUGGUAAGAUCUAUGAUGUUUGGAAUAUGCUGAAGGAGCAAAUAAAGGAUGAUUCUCAGUUUGGAAAUUGUGAUGUUGGAGCAUUGUCUAUUUGA